CCCCGGGAGCAGGCCGUGCUGGAGACGGUGCCGCCUGCGCCUGCCGAGGAGCCCAACAGCACCGACAGCGCCAAGGCUCCCAAAGUGAACUGCGAGGAGAGGAACACGACCGGCACGGAGCGCCUAACGCUGCAGAUCCUGAACGUGUCGCAGGACCUGAUGGAGUUCCUAAACCCGAACAGCAGUGACUGCACGUUGGUCUUGUUCUACACACCGUGGUGCCGCUUUUCAGCCAGCCUGGCACCUCAUUUUAAUUCUUUACCUCGAGCGUUUCCAACUCUUCGCUUCCUGGCACUGGAUGCAUCUCAGCACAGCAGUUUAUCAACGAGAUUUGGAACUGUGGCUGUACCCAAUAUCCUCCUUUUCCAAGGUGCUAAGCCUAUGGCUAGAUUUAAUCAUACAGACAGGACACUGGAAACACUGAAAGACUUCAUUUUUAAUCAAACAGGUAUAGAAGCGAAAAGCGAUGUUGCUGUGACCAAGGAGGACUGGGAAGGGCCCCUGCCCAGUGUUCUGACAAAGGGCAUAGACUGGCUGCUCCUGUUCUCACUGCUCUUCCUGGCCAGCUUUGUCCUGUAUGCCACCGUGCGCACGGAGAGCAUUCGGUGGCUUAUUCCGGGACAAGAACACGAACAUCAGGAAUAA